GAAGCGGCAACUCUCAAUCAUGCCUGAAUAUGCUGAAGAGAGGUCAUGGAGAUCAUUGAUCACUCCUAAGAAGCUUAGCUUCUACNUUUUGUUUCAUGGAUUCCACAUUGCACUGUUCAUUAUAGGAUGCAAAGCACUGGCUCCUCUCAACCUACUGACUUUCUCAGUAUGGAUAUCAAGAGGUGCAGGAUUAGUCCUCAGUGUCGACACCACCUUGAUUAUGUUGCCAAUGUGCAGAAACAUCUUACGCUUCUUUCGACCAAAGAUCAAAUGGCUCCCUUUGGACGAAUCUCGAUGGUUCCAUAGACAGGUUGCAUACUCGCUACUUUUCUGGACGAUUGUGCAUACUACAGGCCAUUACGUUAAUUUCUUCAAUAUUGAACGAUCGCAACUUCGAAAACAAGCCGCUGUUCAGAUUCACUAUACUCAGGCUGGCGGCGUGACAGGUCAUAUCAUGCUCUUCUGUAUGCUUCUUAUGUACACGACAGCACACCAGAAGAUUCGUCAGCAAUCAUUUGAAACGUUCUGGUACACACAUCAUCUAUUCGUGCCUUUUCUAUUGGCCAUGUAUACCCAUGCUACUGGAUGCUUCGUCCGAGAUACUGUCGAGCCGGUAUCGCCUUUUGCUGGAAGGUACUUUUGGAACCAUUGUCUUGGAUAUGAGGGCUGGAGAUGGGAGUUGGUUGGUGGUGGGCUAUACCUGUUCGAAAGAGUGUAUCGCGAGAUCCGCGCUCGCAGGCCGACAGAGAUCAUCAAAGUCGUCAGACAUCCUUAUGUGGAGAUACAGUUUCGCAAGCCCAGCAUGCAGUACAAAGCUGGACAGUGGCUGUUCUUGAAUUGUCCGGAAGUGUCAAAACACCAAUGGCACCCCUUCACUAUCACAUCUUGCCCCUUUGAUCCUUAUGUCAGCGUUCAUGUCCGCCAAGUAGGAGACUUUACCAGAUCCCUCGCAAACGCUCUGGGCGCCGGACCGGAGCAAGCAGCCUUAUACGAAGAACUGGAUCCCAUGGGGAUGUAUGAAGUUGCUUUACAGCAAGGACAAGAAAUGCCCACACUUCGUAUCGAUGGGCCUUAUGGCGCGCCUGCCGAAGAUGUGUUUGACCACGAAAUUGCCAUUCUCGUUGGUACAGGUAUUGGAGUCACGCCGUGGGCUUCCAUUCUUAAGAACAUCUGGCACAUGCGACUAUCGCCGAAUCCGCCCAAGCGACUGAAAAGAGUUGAAUUUAUCUGGGUGUGCAAAACAACCACAUCUUUCGAGUGGUUCCAAGCCUUGCUGUCAUCUCUGGAGAUGCAAUCACUAUCCAUGUCUUCACCGUCCGACGAGAACAAACCGAAUGAGGAGACAGACGAGUUCUUGAAGAUCCACACUUACCUGACGCAAAAGAUGGAUGUUGAUCAAGCCAAUAACAUUGUGUUGAACAGCGUUGGCACUAACAAAGAUCCUUUGACAGAACUCAAUUCUAGAACGAAUUUCGGCAGACCAGAUUUCCAGAAGUUAUUGAGUGCAAUGAGGGACUCGAUCGAGAGCGGGACAUAUAUCAGCGGGUUAGAGUCCAGGAGAGCCGAGGUUGGGGUGUAUUUCUGUGGCCCAAACAUGGCAGCGAGAGGAAUAAGAAAGGCGUGCCAGGACGCGUCUAGUCACGAUGUCAAGUUCCGGUUCUGGAAAGAGUAUUUC